GCUCGUCGUCCUUUCUCUUGCCAUCUCGUCGUGUCUUCAUCACUCAGCGAGAGCAGAACAGAAUGACCUACAUCCCCCUCGGCGAGCGCCCAGAAUGGGCAGACGUGACGCCCAUCCCGCAGGCCGACGCGCCGAACGCGCUCGUGCCGAUCAUGUACACGCAGGAGUACAAAGAUGCAAGCGACUACUUCCGCGCCGUCGUCGCCUCGGGCGAGAAGUCGCCCCGCGUCCUCGACCUCACGCGGACGCUGCUUUCGUUGAACGCGGCGCACUACACGGUGUGGCAGUACCGCUUCCAGACGGUCCUCGCGCUCGGCGACGACGCGGUGGCCGCUGAACUCAAGUUUCUCGACGAGUACGCGGUUCAGAAUCUCAAGUCGUACCAGGUUUGGCACCACCGCCUCUCCCUCAUCUCGCACGCCUCCCCCGCCGACCCGCGCCCCGAGAUCGAGUUCGUACACGCAACCUUCAUCCCCGAGCCGAAAAACUACCACACAUGGACAUACAUCCACUGGCUGUACUCGCAUUUCUCCGACCUGGGCCGCAUCUCCCCGCAGCAGUGGGACGACGAGCUCGACUGGUGCGAGGGCCUCAUUGCGGCCGAUGGGCGGAAUAACUCGGCGUGGGGGUGGCGCUGGUUCUUGCGCGUUGCGCGGCCGGGGGCUGUUGGGUUGGAGAAUGACGGGAGGGAGGAGAUCGAAUACGCCCUCACCGAGAUCCACCGCAUCCCGCACAACGCCUCGGCGUGGAACUACCUGCGGGGCAUAAUCCGCGCGGUCAACGCGCCGCGCGACACGAUCCUGCCAGCCCUCACGCCGUAUCUCGCCGGCGCGGCCGUGCCCGUCCCCGCCGCAAAGCUGGACCUGGGCUACCCUACCCGCGAGGGACCGCUGAGCGUCGACACGCCGCUGCCUGUCCCGCUCGCUCUCGAGUUUCUGGCUGAUACGCUCGCCGAGGGCGGGCAGCUGGCGGACGCGAGUGCUGUCUUUGGGCAGUUGGCGAGCGAGGUGGAUCGGAUGCGGGCUGCGUAUUGGGAGCAUCGGCGGAGCCAGUGCGUCAACGCAUAGUGAGCGCGGCGUGAGCGCGCAGCGCGAGACGCCGAGCUCGAGGGCGGCGAUGAGCUUGGCGUGCGUGGCGGCGCGGAGGCGUGGCUGAGCCACGCGAGAUGGCCUCUAGGCAGGGCAGCAGCAGUAGUAGUGCUAUUGACAGCAGCAGCAUGCAUC